UAGCGAGUAGGAUUUUUAGCUGUAGAAACAUUAGAAAAAAAUAUUGUAUAUCUAUAAUAUGGUACUAACCCUGAUAUCAGCUUAAAUCGGCCCGUCACCUAACACCUACUGGCUUAUAAAUAAUGGCAUAUUUAGGGACCAACAAAGCACGAUAUAAGAGGAGUAAACAUCUGAAAAAUAUCAGUUGUCUUCCGAUUAUCUACUAGAAAGAUGACAUCUUCAAAUUCUCUACUUUUCCUGUUGGUGACGAUCUUGUAUCAAGAUAUCACUUCUGGGGCAUCAUUUUCAAAUGUUAUAGUGCAAAGAGGAUCUGAAGUACUUCCCAUAGAAUACAUCAACUAUAAUCCAUCUGCAUUAACAUACACGUCUCAAGUGGCUCGUUUAUCUCAAGCACCAUUACAAUCAGUAAUUUCUGAACCGCUAGUAUCAAGUGUUUUAUCUCCAUGUGUGUCGCCUUGCGUCAUUCCUAAUGCAGCUCCCGUCCAAUCCACGGUUAAUGCUAAAAUUGGUGCUUAUAAGACAUCAGCGGCGAAUGUACCUGUCAUAUUGACAAAUAAAGACGAAUCAAGGGGAUACCAAUAUGCUUACGCAGUUUUUGACGUAGACACCGGUGACAAGAAAACUCAAAGCGAACGCAGUGACGGGUCAGUAGUUCAAGGGCACUAUUCGUUCAUUCAACCUGACGGCUUCUUGCGCGAAGUCGUUUAUACGGCGGACGAUUUGAAAGGAUUCAACGCUAUAGUACGUAACAUAUCUCCUGAACCGGAACACAAACAUACUUCUGAAACAGAAAAAUCAGAAGAGAAACACAUCAUACCGCCAUGCAAAGACAAUAAAAAUGAACAUUUAACACAUGCACAUGAGAGAAAUGAAGAAGGUCAUCCAGCUCAUGAACAAGAAAAUCACGAAGCAAGUUCAUCAGAGGAAAUGCAUGUAAAACAGGAACAUUUAGAGGUAGAAAAUCUGAAUGAAAAGAAAAGUGAAGAAGCAAGUGCAGAAAAAAAUGAAGAAAAUGUUGAUAAAAGCCAUGAGCAUAGUGCUGAAAAAAGCGAAAAAGAUAGUGAGGAAAACUCGGGUGAAAAAUCUGUCGAAAAAUCAAACGAAGAAGUCCAUCCAGUAAUCCUAUCUGAAGGAGGUCAAGAAUCAAACUUGUUAAUUACUUAUAGUGACAUAGUUAAAUGUCUGCAAUCUAAACUACAAGGGCCGAAUGUGGUUUCUCCGCUCACCUAUGUAUUAUUACCUUCAUCAUAUAAACCUUGUUAACUUACACCGUGGGACACAUUAGUCUCGCGUCAGUCCACUAUCCAAACAAAGCCACGCUAACCGAGAAACAUAAUCCAAAACGAAAUGAUUUUGUAACACGAAACUUAUAACUGAUUAAACGAACUAUUUUAAAAUUCACUAAA